GAGGAUGAUGAUGACGAUGAGGAUGAGGAUGAAAUUUAUGAUGUGUCCCGAUCACUUCAAUCAUCAACAAGUACUCGCCGUCCUGCGUUCGUGGUCAGUGAGGCUCGUGACACGGUAGUAAAACGUCCAGUGAUUGGAUCUCGUUUAAAGCACCGGGAAAAUGAACUGGAAUCCAUUCGUCAGGACUUCCUGGCCACAGAACACGGAAGUGAUCGCGAUAGUGAUCAGGACGCCGAAUGGGAACGCCAACAAAUUCAGAAAGCCUUGAUCACUCAGAAUCCAGCGGUAUUGGAAGCUUUACAACCCACUAGUCGUACUGAUUCCGGCACCUCCAUCGAUCCCGAUUCCACAGAUCCACUUUUUGCUGGAUUGAAUGCGGCCAAUGUGACACUUGAGAAUGUCAAAGCCAGUUUACUGCAGAAGUACGAGAAAGUUUCCCAAUCAUUAUCGGAACACGAUGCAGCCCUUAAUCAAGCUCGAGCCGACCUGGAACGGGGACGUCAAGUGCAAACGGAUUGUCGAAAGCAGUUACCAGAGUUGGCUAAGAAAUUCUCGUACGCACAGAAUUUGAAGUCUUAUGUGGAUGAUCUUGUGGAGUGCUUCAACGAAAAGAUGACUAAACUGGAGUAUCUGGAACGAAAAAGUACUAUUCUGUUGCGUGAACGCUAUCAAAAGUUGGUCGAACGCCGACGCCUCGACAUGAAAGAUAUGGCCGAUUUGGCCACCCAAACAUCGACUGCAACCCCGAACUCAGCAUCCAAAAAUUCAGACGAAGCGAAGCAGCUUGAAGCCAGGCGUCGACGUUGUGCGGAACGGGAAUCUCGACGAAUGCGACGUCAACGGGCACGGGAAAAUAGUUCCGGUUCUCAGAUCCCAGUGUUGGCUCAUCUGGACGGGAUGAGUACAGACGAUGAGGAACCUCAAUCGGUGAUUGCCAAGCGCAAAGCAGAUCUCGAUGCGUUGCUCGUGGACGCUCGUUCGUUGUUCGAGGAUGUGGUUGACGAGUAUUGUCACUUGCCUUCCAUUUUUCAAAGAUUCGCGGACUGGCAUGCACAGUUCCCACAAUCGUACGCGGAAGCCUACGUGGCGUUAUGCUUACCCCAACUUUUCUCUCCACUUGUCCGAAUACAGUUGAUCGGCUGGAAUCCAACAGCGGUGAACAGUACUCGUCUGGACCAAAUGGAUUGGUUCCGGGAUCUGCUAGACUUUGCCUGUCUUCCCACAGGCCCGGCUGUCGAAUCCAAGCCCGCUGUUACUGAACUUGCAGUGAAUGGAGCAUCUACGGAGGCCACGGAUGACACUCUGCGGUUGUUACCAUAUACAGUCGAGAAAGUCGUCCUCAAACGUCUGAAUGAACUGGUAUCCGCAUCCUGGGACCCGUUGUCCGGACGAGAGUCACAUCAACUGGUUCAUUUAAUACGUGAUCUGACCGUCACCUAUCCGACAUUGUGUGCCGGCAGUCGUUCUACGGAACAACUGUUUGAAACAAUUGUGAAACGCAUGGAAGUGACCAUACAGGAGGAUAUUUUUAUCCCACUCUAUCCGAAACAGUAA